AAAACUAAAACUCUAAAAAUAGAUCUACUAUUGAUUACGUCACAAUUUGUAUUUUCAACAUGGCGGACUGUUGACAUAUUUUGAGGAAAUUUAGAAAACAUUAUGUAAACUCUACUUUGACCGACACUUGUUGUGGUUUUUACUGACAGAUUAUUGUUGCUGUGUUGGUCCCUUACAAGUUUCCACAUUCAGCAAUGGGUGGCGAAACUUCCCCCAGGGACGACAGCAGUGACACCCAACUGCACCAUGCAUUUAAGAAGUUAAAAGUGGAUCCAGAAUGGAAUCCAAGUGUUAUAAAAGGAAAUGUUGAAAAUCUGAGAGAUUUGUGGAUAAGGGAUGCAGGUGUAAGCACUGGUUCACCAGUCCCAAUAAAGACGGCUGGGAAACGUCAUAUGAAGAAAGCAACUUGCGGUAAAUCUAGAAUGGAGCCUUACCCUCAAGACUUCCUCUGCUCAAUGGCUGAAAAACUUACAUUUCACUCGGAAGUUUGUCAGAAACGUUCAUGUAUGUGUAGUGAGCUGAAACUAAAGUCUCGUAAAGGCUUAAAUUAUGCAUCAACUUCGGUGCAGCACCGACCUUUAAUCCGAGAAGCGAAACUUAAAUUUCAUCAUUCAGAGAAAGAUACGAAGCAGUUGCUCAGGGCUGCAAGGUUAAAAAUAUUCAAGCAUGGAAAACUCCUUGAUAGUAAAUCGAGUUUUAAACAUACAUUUGGCGGUCAUUCUAUUUUGACCAGCCCUGUGCUUUCUAGUGCUCCUAGUUUUCCUCUUUUCGGUGCUAAAUCAAAAAUAGUGGCAGGAACUGACUUUCGAAAACUUGCGUCUGGAAAAUCUGCUGAUUCGUCGUCAUCGAAACCAACAAAAGAGAUAAAAUUAGAAUCACGCAGAUCUCAAACAAGUGCAAAAAGGUCAAGAGAAGAAUCAUCGAGCUCGGAGGCUAGUAAUGUCUGCUCGAGAAACAGUUUUAGUGAUUGUGGUAAGGAAAUGAGAUGUUCUCGGCAAGCCAAGCUCGAAGAUAUGAGUGUAGACGAACUGGCCGGUUAUUUUGAAGACUUUGUUCAUAUACCAAAGAAGAUGUCCUCAAUGGCAGAAAUGAUGUACACGUAGCCAUCGUGUACUGUCAUUAACUAACAUUCUCCUGCACCUUAAAUGACUUACCAUGGUUAAAGCAGCAUGCCUCCAGAUUUGUAGUAAUUUCAUGAAAAAGUUUUUAAAAUGUAUUUUAAAGUAAGAUAUUGUGAGGUGAGCAGAGAAAGUAAUUAACACAUUGCAAACAGCACUUCAAUUUUUUACUUGAAUUACCAAAAUGAGGUCAAGAUAUGCAAAAACAGUUCUUAUAAAGUUGCUUUAGCAUGGUGGUAAAUACAAAUGUACUUCAAAAUCAGUCAUAAAUCGCUUAUAUAACAUUUAAAUUAUUCCUUGAAUCUUGAAUAUUUUUACUUUUCUAAAAAUCUUUGUACAUUUUCUCAAGUUUGAUUUUCUUGAAAUAGUUUGGCUCAUCUGGAGGCAUGCAACUAUGGAAUAGGAAUAAUUUUUGCUACAUAUAUCAGUGUUAAAUAAUUGCUUUGCUAACUGAUUUCAUUUUUGUUUGUUUGGGUUUUUAUUAAUCUGCUGCCUUUUUUGUCGAUUAUGUUUCUGAUACAUUUGUUUUUAUGAAUACUAGACUCACUUUUUGUUGUUGUUGUUUUUGCCUUGAAGCAUGGAAAUUAUUAAGAUUUUCUGACUUGUUUUCUUCAGUAUGUUCAGUACUAUUUGAGGCCUUAACUAGCAGAUUCAUGUUUCGGAAGCCUUUUGUUUGUAAGAUGCAUAAAAGAUUCAGUUCUUGUAUUUUGCGUUUAUUUGGUCAAAAUUGUUUUUAUUGAGUUAAUUAUAAAUAUUGCAUCAACCCAUUUUCUCAUCAGUUUUAUUUUGAAAUUUUUAUGUUUUCGUUUCUUGUAAUGUGACAAUGAGCGACUUGUGUGAGUGAAUUUAUACUAUACUGUGUUGCUUUGUCUUUGUAUCUGUAAAUUGAUUGGAAAUAUUGUAUGGUUUAGACCUAAAGAUAGCAGGAAUGUGUAGGAUAAUUACACCAGGGGAGUUUGGAGGUAGUGAGAUCUCUGCAUUUAAAGGGAGAAUGUUUCAACAGGGGAGGUAAUGGUAUUUCUGCAUUAAAUUUCAACAGGAGACAGGGGAGGUAAUGGCAUUGGCAGGUGAUGGCAUUUCCACAUUUAAAGGGAGAAUAUUUUAUAAGGGGAGGUAAUGGCAUUUCCACAAUAAAGGGAGAAUGUUUCAACAGGGGAGGUAAUGGCAUUUCCACAAUAAAGGGAGAAUGUUUCAACAGGGGAGGUAAUGGCAUUUUCACAAUAAAGGGAGAAUGUUUCAACAGGGGAGGUAAUGGCAUUUCCACAUUUAAAGGGAAAAUAUUUCAACAGGGGAGGUAAUGGCAUUUUCACAAUAAAGGGAGAAUAUUUCAACAGGGGAGGUAAUGGCAUUUCCACAAUAAAGGGAGAAUAUUUCAACAGGGGAGGUAAUGGCAUUUUCACAAUAAAGGGAGAAUAUUUCAACAGGGGAGGUAAUGGCAUUUCCACAAUAAAGGGAAAAUAUUUCAACAGGGGAGGAAAUACAAUUUUCCUCUUAUAAAAGAUAGAGUCAUUCGACAAAAUAAAAAUUGUUUAAAAAUGAUAAUUCUACAAUGUUUAUAAGGAUAUUUUUAUCAUUCCUGGUGUUUUUAGAACCUAGUUGUGAUAUACCAGUGCAAAUACUUUUCUGCAGCUAUUUGUAAAAUAAUUAUUAUGUUCUAAAUAAACACUCAGGUACACACA